ACAGUCUACCAGAAACGGGGAGAGUAGGAGGGAACAACGAAAUAGAAAGGAAAAAGAUCCUUGAAAUCGAAGAGAUCUUCAAAACCAAACCAAUCAGUAGUAGAAUCAGGAAAUUACAGUGAAAACAAUCAAAAUCAGAAGAAAUUAGAGAAGAAGAAGAAGAUGCUGCCGACCUCUUCAUCAGCGAAGGUCCGUCCGGGCCCUCACGCCCGGCCCAAUUCUCUCUUCCCUCAUUACCUCCGCAGAAUAGUCAAGUGGCAACAAAUGGACAUUGAAUAUACUUUCUGGCAAAUGCUUCACCUAUGCACUUCACCGAAAGUCGUAUAUCAACAUACCAAGUAUCACAAGCAAACAAAGAACCAGUGGGCACGUGAUGAUCCUGCAUUUGUUGUCAUAUGUAGUCUUCUGUUGUCAGUUUCAGCGAUGGCUUAUUGUGCUGCGUACGAUCAUAGUGCAGGGCAUGCUGUUUUCGUAGUUAUUUCAGUAUUGCUCUUCCAUUUCCUCUUAUCAGGCGCAAUUUUGGCUACUUGUUGCUGGUUCUUCACUAACAAUUAUCUUCGAGAAGAAGCUCCAAACAGUCAUGUCGUGGAGCAACGGGUGGAGUGGUUGUAUGCCUUUGAUGUGCACUGCAACUCUUUCUUCCCUAUGUUUGUGCUGCUUUAUGUCAUUCAUUAUUUUUUAUCACCUCUGCUGGUGGCUCAUGGUUUUGUUCCUGUAUUACUAUCAAAUUUGCUCUUCAUGGCAGCUGCUUCAUACUAUCAUUACCUAAAUUACUUGGGCUAUGAUGUAUUACCCUUCUUGGAGAGGACCACUUUGUUCCUGUACCCAAUUAGCAUCGUCUUUGUUCUGUCCCCUAUAUUAAUUCUAAGUGGCUUCAACCCAUCAAGAUAUUUCAUGAACAUGUACUUUAGUCGAUUGGUAUAGAUGCAGCUAACACUUACCUCAGGAAGUACAUCAGGACCUAAGAAGAUCCUGUGAACACGAGGACCAUUGAUACUUGUUCAUUGCAUAAAUUUGAGGAACAGGAUUAGCUUGGGGAAAAGCUGCAUUGGGGCAUUUUGCUACUGGUGAGUGAAAUUGUAAUUGAGCGGAGGGGCCUUGAGUGCUUAUCUCCUCACCCAGAAAGUGAGUUACCGUAGAGUUUGUGUAAUGAUUUUUGGUUAAUGAUUCACUUGCAAUAUAACAGAAAAAUACAUUGAAGUUGCCAUGAAAUAGUCAACUCACUUUCAGUACCUCCCAA